GUGAAGGAGACCCAGCAGGUGAAGGUGGCCUUUGCAGAGCAGGUGGGGCGUCUGCAGAGCAAACAGCAGCAGGAGGUAGAACUCCUGGAGGACAUCAGGUGUGACCAUCCUGUCCCACCCUGCCCCAUCCUACCUACCUGACUCUGCUAUACCCUGACUUACUCUGCCAUACCCUGCACCACCCUACCCCACCCUGGCCCACUGUCCCCCCCCCCGCCCCCUACUCCAUCUACCCCACCCUGGCCCACUGUCCCCCCCGCCCCCGCCCCCCCUACUCCAUCUACCCUACCCUGGUCCACUGUCCCCCCCCCCCCCACUGUCCCCCCCCGCCCCCUACUCCAUCUACCCCACCCUGGCCCACUGUCCCCCCCCCGCCCCCUACUCCAUCUACCCCACCCUGGCCCACUGUCCCCCCCCCCCCCCCCACUGUCCCCCCCCCGCCCCCUACUCCAUCUACCCCACCCUGGCCCACUGUCCCCCCCCCCGCCCCCUACUCCAUCUACCCCACCCUGGCCCACUGUCCCCCCCCCCGCCCCCACCCCCUACUCCAUCUACCCUACCCUGGUCCACUGUCCCCCCCCCCCCCCCCACUGUCCCCCCCCGCCCCCUACUCCAUCUACCCCACCCUGGCCCACUGUCCCCCCCCGCCGCCGCCCCCUACUCCAUCUACCCCACCCUGGCCCACUGUCCCCCCUUGCCCCCAUCCUGCUAUACCCUUCCCCAUCCUUCAGAAGCCUGUGUUUGUAUAAUACAUACUGUACAUAUUUGAUAAUACUGUAUGUAUGACUCCAGUAUGGCUGCAAUUGGCCGUGUAGUCAUAACAAGAACCAUUAGAUACACUAAGGAUGCUGUGUGAAACAGAGAAUGAUUUAUGGGAUUGCUGACUAAUGCGCUCUGACAAUUACAGUUGAAGUUGGAAGUUUACAUACACUUAGGUUGGAGUCAUUAAAACUCGUUUUUCAACCACUCCACAAAUUUCUUGUUAACAAACUAUAGUUUUGGCAAGGCGGUUAGGACAUCUACUUUGUGCAUGACACAAGUAAUUUUUCCAAAAAUUGUUUACAGACAGAUUAUUUCACUUAUAAUUCACUGUAUCACAAUUCCAGUGGGUCAGAAGUUUACGUACACUAAGUUGACUGUGCCUUUAAACAGCUUGGAGAAUUCCAGAAAAUGAUGUCAUGGCUUUAGAAGCUUCUGAUAGGCUAAUUGACAUAAUUUGAGUCAAUUGGAGGUGUACCUGUGGAUGUAUUUCAAGGCCUACCUUCAAACGCAGUGCCUCUUUGCUUGACAUCAUGGGAAAAUCAAAAGAAAUCAGCCAAGACCUCAGAAAAAUAAUUGUAGACCUCCACAAGUCUGGUUCAUCAUUGGGAGCAAUUUCCAAACGACUGAAGGUACCACGUUCAUCUGUACAAACAAUAGUACGCAAGUAUAAACACCAUGGGACCACGCAGCCGUCAUACCGCUCAGGAAGGAGACGCGUUCUGUCUCCUAGAGAUGAACGUACUUUGGUGCGAAAAGUGCAAAUCAAUCCCAGAACAACAGCAAAGGACCUUGUGAAGAUGCUGGAGGAAACAGGUACAAAAGUAUCUAUUUCCACAGUAAAACGAGUCCUAUAUCGACAUAACCUGAAAGGCCGCUCAGCAAGGAAGAAGCCACUGCUCCAAAACCGCCUUAACAAAGCCAGACUACGGUUUGCAACUGCACAUGGGGACAAAGAUCGUACUUUUUGGAGAAAUGUCCUCUGGUCUGAUGAAACAAAAAUAGAACUGUUUGACCAUAAUUGUCACGAACGUCUUCCAAAUGAGUAGACCAAAGCGCAGCGCAUUGAGCGAACAUGACUUUAUUACUUCAAAGUCUGGAAACAAAACAACAAAACAAGAACGAUUCGUGAAGUCCUCUGCAAUACUGACAGAACAUGGAACAAAAACCCACAACACCCAAAGGAAAACAUACAGAUAAAUAUGGCUCCCAAUCAGAGAUAACGAGCCGACAGCUGACACUCGUUACCUCCGAUUGGGAGUCACAUGACUACACAAGAACUAACCAAAACCACACACACCCAAAUGAACACACCCUAUUCCCAACCUAACCAAAACAAACCCCCACAAAACGAAUACACCCUGGCUCAAAUACAAGUCCCGGAGCCAGAGUGUGACAGUACCCCCCCCUAAAGGCGCGGACUGCGACCGCGCCUCAACUAGGGCUAACCAAGGGAGGGCUGGGUGGGCAUACCUCUUCGGCGGUGGUUCUGGCUCUGGUCGUGGUCCCCACCCCACCAUAGUCACUACCCGCCUCCGUAGCCUCCUCCAACUUAACCCCACCGGAUAAAGGGGCAGCACCGGACUAAGAGGCAGCACCGGACUAAGGGGCAGCACCGGACUAAGGGGCAGCACCAGGAUAAGGGGCAGCACCAGACUAAGGGGCAGCACCGGACUAAGGGGCAGCACCGGACUGAAUGGCGGAUCCUGGCUGGCUGGCUCUGGCGGAUCCUGGCUGGCUGACGGAUCUGGCUGCUCAUGGCUGGCUGACGGAUCUGGCUGCUCAUGGCAGGCUGACGGAUCUGGCUGCUCAUGGCUGGCGGAAGGCUCUGGCUGAUCCUGUCUGGCGGAAGGCUCUGGCUGAUCCUGUCUGGCGGAAGGCUCUGGCUGAUCCUGUCUGGCGGAAGGCUCUGGCUGAUCCUGUCUGGCGGAAGGCUCUGGCUGAUCCUGUCUGGCGGAAGGCUCUGACUGAUCCUGUCUGGCGGACGGCUCUAGCGGCUCCUGUCUGGCGGAAGGCUUUAGCGGCUCCGGUCUGGCGGACGGCUCUGAAGGCUCAUGGCAGACGGGCGGCUUAUGCAGCGCUUGGCAGACGGACAGUUCAGACGGCGUUGGGCAGACGGGCAGUUCAGGCGCCGUUGGGCAGACGGGCAGUUCAAGCGCCGUUGGGCAGACGGGCAGUUCAGGCGCCGUUGGGCAGACGGGCAGUUCAGGCGCCGUUGGGCAGACGGCAGACUCUGGCCGGCCGAGACGCACUAUAGGCCUGGUGCGUGGUGCCGGAACUGGUGGUCCCGGGCUGAGGACACGCAUCUCAGGGCUAGUGCGGGGAGCAGCAACAGGCCGGGCUGGGCUGGCGACGCACACCGUAGUUCUAGUGCGUGGAGCAGGAACAGGCCGGGCUGGGCUGGCGACGCGCACCGUAGACUUGGUGCGGGUGGCAGGAACAGGCCGGACCGGGCUGGCGACGCGCACCGUAGACUUGGUGCGGGUGGCAGGAACAGGCCGGACCGGGCUGGCGACGCGCACCGUAGACUUGGUGCGGGUGGCAGGAACAGGCCGGACCAGGCUGGCGACGCGCACCGUAGACUUGGUGCGGGUGGCAGGAACAGGCCGGACCGGGCUGGCGACGCGCACCGUAGACUUGGUGCGGGUGGCAGGAACAGGCCGGACCGGGCUGGCGACGCGCACCGUAGGUUUGGUGCGAGUGGCAGGAACAGGCCGGGUCGGGCUGGCGACGUACACCGUAGGCUUAGUACGUGGAGCAGGAACCGGCCGGGCUGGACUGGCGACGCACACCGUGGGCUUGAUGCGUGGAGUAGGAACAGGCCGGUCCGUACUGGGAACACACACCACUGGCCUUAACCGGGGAUCAGGAACGGGCCGGACCGGACUGGUAACACACCUCAGUCUCUUACGCCGUGCCUCAACUGCUUCCCUCCCUCUACUCGCCAAUGGCUCCCGUAAUCCGGUAGCCUUCUCUCCACGUCUCCCUGUGGCAGCCUCCUGCUGCCCAGCCGCCCAAGCCAUGUGCCCCCCCCAAAAAACUUUUUGGGGUUGCCUCUCGUCCUUCCAACGAUGACCCUGCUGACGCCGUUGCUCCUCUCUCGCCAGGGCCUUGAUCUUCCCCCAAGGUCCCUUGCCCCCGAGCAUGUCCUCCCAGGACCACGAUUUGCCCACCUGGGCCAUCGCCAGCCUCUCGAUCUCCUUACCAGGCGCCUCCUCCCAUGUCCAGUCUCUUUGCUCCCGGACACGCUGCUUGGUCCUUUGGUGGUGGGUUUUUCUGUCACGAACGUCUUCCAAAUGAGUAGACCAAAGCGCAGCGCGUUGAGCGAACAUGACUUUAUUACUUCAAAGUCUGGAAACAAAACAACAAAACAAGAACGAUUCGUGAAGUCCUCUGCAAUACUGACAGAACAUGGAACAAAAACCCACAACACCCAAAGGGAAACAUACAGAUAAAUAUGGCUCCCAAUCAGAGAUAACGAGCCGACAGCUGACACUCGUUACCUCCGAUUGGGAGUCACAUGACUACACAAGAACUAACCAAAACCACACACACCCAAAUGAACACACCCUAUUCCCAACCUAACCAAAACAAACCCCCACAAAACGAAUACACCCUGGCUCAAAUACAAGUCCCGGAGCCAGAGUGUGACAAUAAUGACCAUCGUUAUGUUUGGAGGAAAAAGGGGGAUGCUUGCAAGCCGAAGAACACCAGGAAGGAAGGACAAUUAUGUGGAUAUAUUGAAGCAACGUCUCAAGACAUCAGUCAGGAAGUUAAAGCUUGGUAGCAAAUAGGUCUUCCAAAUGGACAAUGACCCCAAGCAUACUUCCAAAGUUGUGGCAAAAUGGCUUAAGGACAACAAAGUCAAGGUAUUGGAGUGGCCAUCACAAAGCCCUGACCUCAAUCCUAUAGAAAAUGUGUGGGCAGAACUGAAAAAGCGUGUGCGAGCAAGGAGGCCUACAAACCUGACUCAGUUACACCAGGUCUGUCAGGAGGAAGGGGCCAAAAUUCACUCAACUUAUUGUGGGAAGCUUGUGGAAGGCUACGCGAAACUUUUGACCCAUGUUAAACAAUUUAAAGGCAAUGCUACCAAAUACUAAUUGAGUGUAUGUAAACUUCUGACCCACUGAGAAUGUGAUGAAAUAAAUAAAAGCUGAAAUAAAUCAUUCUCUCUACUAUUAUUCUGACAUUUCACAUUCUUAAAAUAAAGUGGUGAUCCUAACUGAACUAAGACAGAGAAUUUGUACUAGGAUUAAAUGUCAGGAAUUGUGAAAAACAGAGUUUAAAUGUAUUUGGCUAAGAUGUAUGUAAACUUCCGACUUCAACUGUAUCUCUCUGAGAUAUAUAUAUACAGUAGCAGUCAAAAGUUUGGACACACCUACUCAUUCAAGUGUUUUUCUUUAUUUUUACUAUUUUCUACAUUGCAGAAUAAUAGAUCAAAACUAUGAAAUAACACAUAUGGAAUCAUGUAGUAACCAAAACAGUGUUAAAUAAAUCAAAAUAUGUUUUAUAUUUUAUAUUCUUCAAAGUAGCCACCCUUUGCCUUGAUGACAGCUUUGCACACUCUUGGCAUUCUCUCAACCAGCUUCAUGAGGAAUGCUUUUCCAACAGUCUUGAAGGAGUUCCCACAUAUGCUGACCACUUGUUGGCUGCUUUUCCUUCACUCUGUGGUCCAACUCAUCCCAAACCAUCUCAAUUGGGUUGAGGUCGGGGGAUUGUGGAGGCUAGGUCAUCUGAUGCAGCACUCCAUCACUCUCCUUACACAGCCUGGAGGUGUGUUUUGGGUCAUUGUCCUGUUGAAAAACAAAUGAUAGUCCCACUAAGCGCAAACCAGAUGGGAUGCCGUAUCGCUGCAGAAUGCUGUGGUAGCCAUGCUGGUUAAGUGUGCCUUGAAUUCUAAAUAAAUCACUGACAGUAUCACCAGCAAAGCACCCCCACACCAUCACACCUCCUCCUUCAUGCUUCACAGUGGGAAACACAUAUGCUGAGAUCCUCCGUUCACCUACUCUGCGUCUCACAAAGACACGGCGGUUGGAACCAAAAAUCUCAAAUUUGGACUCAUCAGACCAAAGGACAGAUUUCCACCGGUCUAAUGUCCAUUGCUCGUGAUUCUUGGCCCAAGCAAGUCUCUUCUUCUUAUUGGUGUCCUUUAGUAGUGGUUUCUUUGCAGGGCCUGAUUCACGCAGUCUCCUCUGAACAGUUGAUGUUGAGAUGUGUCUGUUACUUGAACUCUGUGAAGCAUUUAUUUGGGCUGCAAUUUCUGAGGCUGGUAACUCUAAUGAACUUAUCCUCUGCAGCAGAGGUAACUAUAGGUCUUCCUUUCCUGUGGAGGUCCUCAUGAGAGCCAGUUUCAUUACAUUUUAGUCAUUUAGCAGACGCUCUUAUCCAGAGCGACUUACAGUUAGUGAGUGCAUACAUUUUCAUACUGGCCCCCCGUGGGAAACAAACCCACAACCCUGGCGUUGCAAGCGCCAUGCUCUACCAACUGAGCUACAGGGGACUCAUCAUAGCACUUGAUAGUUUUUGCGACUGCACUUGAAGAAACUUUCAAAGUUCUUGAAAUUUUCCAGAUUGACUGACUUUCAUGUCUUAAAGUAAUGAUGGACUGUCGUUUCGCUUUGCUUAUUGGAGCUGUUCUUGCCAUAAUAUGAAAAUGUAUGCACUCACUAACUGUAAGUCGCUCUGGAUAAGAGCAUCUGCUAAAUGACUAAAAAUGUUUUUUUUAAUGUAAAAAAUAUGGACUUGGUCUUUUACCAAAUUCUGUAUGCCACCCCUACCUUGUCACAACACAACUGAUUGCCUCAAACGCAUUAAGAAGGAAAUAAAUUCCACAAAUUAACUUUUAACAAGGCACACCUGUUAAUUGAAAUGCAUUCCAGGUGACUACCUCAUGAAGCUGGUUGAGAGAAUGCCAAGAGUGUGCAAAGCUGUCAUCAAGGCAAAAGGUGGCUACUUUGAAGAAAAUAUAUAAAAUAUAUUUGUAUUUGUUUAACACUUUUUCGGUUACUACAUGAUUCCAUAGGUGUUAUUUAAUAGUUUUGAUGUCUUCACUAUUAUUCUACAAUGUAGAAAAUAGUAAAAAUAAAGAAAAACCCUUGAAUGAGUAGGUGUGUCCAAACCUUUGACAGGUACUGUAGAUGGAUGGAUCGAUGGAUGGAUAGAUUAUAUAAUUACAGCCUAAAUGCAGUUCACUGACAAAUCCUAGAUGUGAUGUUUAUUUUUCUCUGUCCAGGUCCUUCAGUAAACAGCGUGCUGCCAUAGAACAAGAUUACAGUCAGGUGAGAGGCCUCUCACAAUACUGAUGCUGAUUGACAAGCCAUGGUCAAGUCCCACUGGGCACACACUGGUUCAAUCAACAUACUUUCAACAUAAUUUCAAUGAAACGUGGAAUUGACGUUGAAUUGACAUCUGUGCCCUCUGGGGUGGGUGUGUGUCCGUGUCUUAUGUUCACCUCUCCAGUGAUGGGGGGCAGUAUACCAUGUGAUACGACCUUGGGCCAUCUCGUAGAGUGGCGUAUCAUUGAGCUGAAAUGGGUUUGGAGUAUUUGGACACUAACCUGCUCUCAGACUGUUUUUGGUAGCAUCUUCGCAACAACUAUUUUAAGCAACACUCUUACCACCCUCCCCACAUUAAAAUCAUUACUCAAAGCACUCAUGUUGAAUAUUUUGAAAUGGAAUGCAUUCAGAUAUUGAUUUAGAUAUUAGUGAGUAUUUCAGGGACCUUGGUGAUGUCCAUAAGCAAGGCAGGGGAAGACAACACACAGCAUCCAUUUGUCUCAGGAACCAGGAACGACAGUUAUAAUUGUGUGCCGUAUAGUACUGUAGUGCUGAUGUCCCAUUGGAUGUUUCCCCAAUGGAGAAUUCUUAUAAGAUUUACAUAAUAGGGUGUUUGAUUAGCUGAUAACUUAAUUAUAUGCUUGAAUGGCUGUGGAAAUGUCUGCUUUAGAUGCACUGCACUGAUCCUCUUUCUUUUCUAACAUGUCUAGCUGGGUUAUAUCUACUGUAGUGACUUCCUGUAGUGUCAGACAUAAGAAUGUUCCUAAUGAGUCUACUAUCCACAUGUUGCCAUGGACUUUGAACUUGCCUCUGACCAUUGUGGUUUCUAGUUAGUUUCCUGUGAUGCUGUCCCUUGGUUCUUUUGGUAUUUAACAAUACAUCAACAUUGGACCUAUGGAGUAUGCCUAACAGUUGUAAUAAUGUUCACCUACACACUCAGACGAGCGUUUUCCUCACGUAGACUGUGAGUGUUUGUCAACCUCAGACCCUUGUACCAUGGGGAAUGUAGCGGGGUGGCGAUGGUGAAAUAAGGACCUGUGAACCAAUCCCUCCACAUCUGAAAAGCAGUCUGUGGCUUUAGUACUACUGGUGGCUGGUGCGUAGUGGCUCUGCUAUUUUAUGUCUGGGUGUGAAGGAGCCAGUGUGUUUCUGAGCCAAGCUCCUGGAUCAGUUCGCUGACGUCGGCAGUGAGUUAAUCUGAAACAGGAAGUGAACACUGGACAGGGCAGUUUUCACUGGGGUGUUGACGUUCCACCAGGGGCCUCGACGGCAGAGCUUCUAGUAUUGAUAAAAAAACACUGCUUUUCGCUCCAGAUCUGCAUGUUUUCCUGUACACAAAAACAAGACGUGUUCACUUUAGGCUGGGCCCUGCACUUACACUCCAAACCAAAUUCCUAUUGAUGGGUUACAACAAGGUUUAUAAGGUGAAUGUAAUGAAAUAUCCCUGAUUGUGUUUCCUAUCAACUUUAAUAAAACAUCUCCUUCUCUCUCAGGCUCUCCAGAGGCUGGCCAUACAGUUCCAGAGGAAAGACUGGCAAAGAGGCAAGGGAGACUCUUUGAACUCUGGGUAACCUAUCAGGAGCUUGAUAGUUUGAUCCCACUACACGUUAAUGACCUUUUUACUCUCAGCCAUUCCAACCCCCAUUUUGUAAAACAAGUUGCAUGCAGUGUUUCAUAGACAUACAGUAGCAGUCAAAAGUUUGGACACACCUACUCAUUCAAGGGUUAUUCUUUAUUUUUACUAUUUUCUACAAAACUAUGAAAUAAUACAUAUGGAAUAAUGUAGUAACCAAAAAAGUGUUAAACAAAAAACAAAAACACUCUGAGAGCCGUUUAGUGUCCAAAUACUCCAAACCCAUUUCAGCUCAAUGAUACGCCACUCUACGAGAUGCCCCAAGGUCAUAUCACAUGGUAUACUGCCCCCUAUCACUGGAGAGGUGAACAUAAGAUAUGGACACACACCCACCCCACAUGGCACAGAUGUCAAUUCAACGUCAAUUAUUUUGAUUUGUUUAUCACUUUUUUUGGUUACUACAUGAUUCCAUAUGUGUUAUUUCAUAGUUUUGAUGUCUUCACUAUUAUUCUACAAUGUAGAAAAUAAUAAAACAUAAAGAAAAACCCUUGAAUGAGUAGGUGUGUCCAAACUUUUGACUGGUACUGUAUAUGAAGGAUAUGUCUGUCAAAUAAUAUAAUUAUUAAUGAUUGAAGAUGCUCCCGUCACUAGUCACACAGUCUAACAUCAGGGGAUGCCAUAGUGCUGGUGUAAAAACAUUUCUCUCUUUACAUUUUAGCAGACGCUCUUAUCCAGAGUGACUUACAUUUGAGUGCAUACAUUUUUUGAAAAAAAAAAAAUCAUACUGGCCCCCCGUGGGAAUCGAACCCACAACCCUGGCGUUGCAAGCGCCAUGCUCUACCAACUGAGCUACACAGGACCUUUGUGUUGUGUGUGUGUGUGUGUGUGUGUGUGUGUGUGUGUGUGUGUGUGUGUGUGUGUGUGUGUGUGUGUGUGUGUGUGUGUGUGUGUGUGUGUGUGUGUGUGUGUGUGUGUGUGUGUGUGUGUGUGUGUGUGUGUGUGUGGUGUGUGUGUGUGUGUGUGUGUGUGUGUGUGUGUGUGUGUGUGUGUGUGUGUGUGUGUGUGUGUGUGUGUGUGUGUGUGUGUGUGUGUGUGUGUGUGUACUGCCAGGAGUGUGUUUGCUGUGUGGAGGUCUCUGAUUGAGGCAACAGCACAGAGUGGAGCGUGUCGUCUCACGGCGGCCCACGGAUAUCGCUCACUCACUGCCAACGCUCUGAAGAGCCUGAGGGCAGCCAAGGAGCUGAAGACCAAGAGGGUGAGCUGAGCUGUGCAGUGGCUUAUGGGAGGAUACACUGAAAUAAUGUAUGAUCCACAUUGCAGUGCAUCCUAGUCUGAGUAACCAUAUAGAGGAAAAUGCAUGUUUUUAGACUAAUAAUCUAUUUUCACAAAAGUAGUGCAGCAUUCACAACUGUACAUUUUCUUCAUCAGGCUUCACUAAGCUGAGAACAUUGUGUAGAAAUUGUUUUGGAGUCGGUGAAAGCUUGUUUGGGAUAGCUACAGCUUGAACACACACUCCCAUCAAGCACACUAGAAUGUAUCUACUCAGAUACCCAUUUUCUUUUCUUUUUUGGGGGGGGUGGGGGGGGGGGGGGGGGGGGGGGGGGUGCCCUUACAGUGAGGGAAAAAAGUAUUUGAUCCCCUGCUGAUUUUGUACGUUUGCCCACUGACAAAGAAAUGAUCAGUCUAUAAUUGUAAUGGUAGGUAUAUUUGAACAGUGAGAGACAGAAUAACACCAAAAAAUCCAGAAAAACGCAUGUCAAAAAUGUUAUAAAUUGAUUUGCAUUUUAAUGAGGAAAAUAAGUAUUUGACCCCUCUGCAAAACAUGACUUAGUACUUGGUGGCAAAACCCUUGUUGGCAAUCACAGAGGUCAGACGUUUCUUGUAGUUGGCCACCAGGUUUGCACACAUCUCAGGAGGGAUUUUGUCCCACUCCUCUUUGCAGAUCUUCUCCAAGUCAUUAAGGUUUCGAGGCUGACGUUUGGCAACUCGAUUUUCUGUGGGAUUAAGGUCUGGAGACUGGCUAGGCCACUCCAGGACCUUAAUGUGCUUCUUCUUGAGCCACUCCUUUGUUGCCUUGGCCGUGUGUUUUGGGUCAUUGUCAUGCUGGAAUACCCAUCCACAACCCAUUUUCAAUGCCCUGGCUGAGGAAAGGAGGUUCUUACCCAAGAUUUGACGGUACAUGGCCCCGUCCAUCGUCCCUUUGAUGCGGUGAAGUUGUCCUGUCCCCUUAGCAGAAAAACACCCCCAAAGCAUAAUGUUUCCACCUCCAUGUUUGACGGUGGGGAUGGUGUUCUUGGGGUCAUAGGCAGCAUUCCUCCUCCUCCAAACACGGCGAAUUGAGUUGAUUCCAAAGAGCUCCAUUUUGGUCUCAUCUGACCACAACACUUUCACCCAGUUCUCCUCUGAAUCAUUCAGAUGUUCAUUGGCAAACUUCAGACGGGCAUGUAUAUGUGCUUUCUUGAGCAGGGGGACCUUGCGGGCGCUGCAGGAUUUCAGUCCUUCACGGCGUAGUGUGUUACCAAUUGUUUUCUUGGUGACUAUGGUCCCAGCUGCCUUGAGAUCAUUGACAAGAUCCUCCCGUGUAGUUCUGCGCUGAUUCCUCACUGUUCUCAUGAUCAUUGCAACUCCACGAGGUGAGAUCUUGCAUGGAGCCCCAGGCCGAGGGAGAUUGACAGUUAUUUUGUGUUUCUUCCAUUCCCUUUAAGAGUGUGCUCCUAAUCUCAGCUCGUUACCUGUAUAAAAGACACCUGGGAGCCAGAAAUCUUUCUGAUUGAGAGGGGGUCAAAUACUUAUUUACCUCAUUAAAAUGCAUAUCAAUUUAUAACAUUUUUGACAUGCGUUUUUCUGGAUUUUGUUGUUAUUCUGUCUCUCACUGUUCAAACAAACCUACCAUUAAAAUUAUAGACUGAUCAUUUCUUUGUCAGUGGGCAAACGUACAAAAUCAGCAGGGGAUCAAAUACUUUUCCCCCUAGUUUAAUAGAGAGUGUGGCUUAUGAUAGCCUCCUCCUUAUGAAAAUUAUUCAAUUACGUAACCAGAGCAUGUUGUUUUAACGAAGAAAUCCACUCCAAAACUAUAUUUUAAUAUUUGUCAUUUAAUACAAUGCCUUUUGCACAACGUAAUCAGCAUUUAAUCUAUUGGAUUUGUUUAAUCUGUCAAUCUAGAGACAGUUUGGCAUAGUUAAUCUGUAAGUCUAGAGACAGUUUGACGUAGUGUAAAUGCAGUGAGUUCCUCCUUCAGUUACCCCUAUACGCUGUCCCGUCCAUGCAUAUUGUUGUAUUCCACUGUAAUACCCCUUUAGGGCCUAGAGCAGCUGCAGAGGGUACAGGGUGAGGUGGUGGAUGCACUACGGGAGCUCCACAAAGUCAAGAAGAGAUACUACCAGAUGAGUCACAUGACUAACGUGGCCAGGGAGAAAGCUGCUGAUGCACAGGCCAAGUAAGUCUGUGAGUGUGGGCCUGGUCAAAAGUAAUUAAAAUAUAUUUAAUUUUUUUGGGGGGGGAACUCAGUCGGGGUCUCAACUUACUGUUGAGAGUUAGAAUAAUAGAAUACACAAGGUAAAAUUUCGAAAUGUGGUUGUGCAUCAGCAGUCACUCAAUUAGCCCAUGUCAGCAUUUUUUUUUUUGAUUGGUAAAUUAAUCUAGCGGCCAGCUAUCUAAACGUGUAGUAAGCAUGGUCAAAUUACCAACUAGAGUGGGGCCCAUUGAUCAUAGUUAUCAUAUUAAAAACUGCAAACAUUUGCCUCCACCCUAUGGAAAAAUGUGUAGAAUUGCAGGAAAUUGGCUGUAAGCCUGCCACUUUUUCUCUCUGCCCCAUUGCAAAAUGAGUAGAAUUGCAUGACAUUUGUUAUAAAAUUGCAAAAUCUUCUCUACUCCCCAUGGCAAAAUGUGUGGAAUUGCAGGAAAUUAAUUAUAAAACAAAAAAGAUAUCUUUGCUGUCACGAGGUUGGCCGCUAAAAUGUUUUGCUUGCAAGGUAGGGGGUAUGGAUGUGGGUACGCAGACCCACGAGCCACUGCGGCCCCUCAUGAUGAGUUCUGUUUUUUUGUGGCACCCACCCCCAUCAAAGUUGCCUAUCACUGUGUUAGACAAAAGCCCAAAUGAAACCAUAUCUAUUUUCUUUGAUUUUCCAAUAAUACUCUUACUCUAGCCCUGCUUUGUUCCCAUGUGACAGCCUUAAAGGUCCAAUGCAGACGUUUUUAUCUCAAUAUCAAAUUAUUUCUGGGUAAAAAUUAAGUACCUUACUGUGAUUGUUUUCGAUUAAAAUUGUCAAAAAGAAACAAAAAUAGCUUCUUAGCAAAGAGCAAUUUCUCAAGCAAGAAUUUCUGCGAGGACUGUCUGGGAGUGGUCUGAGUGGGGAGGGGAAAACCAAAAACUAGCUGUUAUUGGCAGAGAGGUUUGGAACUCUCUUUCUUAUUGGUCUUAAGGCCAAAACUCUAUCCCCCCAAAACAGGCAGAAAUUUCAGGCGGUCUUUUGAAAUACCUCUUACACUAAAAGGGCAUUAUCAUAAUUUUCACAAUUUCACAGUAUUAUUCCAACCUCAUAGUGUGGAAAUAUAUAUAAAACACAAGAAAAUCAUGUUUUUGUCUGCACUGUGCCUUUAAGGCUACUUGUACCAUAGUUAAAGUAUUCAUCAUCUGAGAAGGAGCAGGUAGUGGCAUGUUAGAUGUUCUGUAAACCUGUAGUCAUUGCAUUUUAGUUGAGAUACGUGGUUGAAGUGCAUAUUUUAUGUCUAUCUAUUCUUAUUUAUAAUAAUGUCAAUAAGGGUCUUGGUUUGAUUAUUUCUAUCACAUGUGCCCAUGUGACCUUUUUCAGAUUCAAGAAGAGUGACCAUGGAAUUUUCCAUUUUAGGACAGGCUUGCAGAAAAUGAGUUCAAAGGUAGGCUACUGUAGGCUGACACACAUGAAGGUAUGGGAUGAAGUACCCCACCACCGCCACAUAAUUGUCACCUGGCUAGUUAGUACACCUAGAGUACACAUAUUUCUCAAAGAGCAAAUCGUGUUUUAUCGGUUAUAUGCUUUACUAUGAAGAAAUGUCUUCAAUAAAACAUGUAGGAAUAAUGCAGUUACGUUGUUGAAUAUUGUACUCUUCUUAGACACCUUGCACUUUGCCUAUUGAUUACCUAUCAAAUCAAACACAUAUUGAUAGUAUAAUUGAUUGUAAUAAUGAAACAUAUUUUAUCCUCUACUCACUACUCCCUGUAACCCUUGUCCAGCUGAAUACCAGGCUGAGGGAGUGUGACCAGAGACUGACAGAGGUGCGUAAUGAGUACCUUCUGACGCUGUCUGCCAUCAACUCCCAUCACCAGUACUACUACACUGCAGAGCUGCCUGCCAUCAUGAGGGUAAGACCACCUGGCAUCUCCUAACGUCAUACUGUCUCUCUGGAUUCUCAUCAUGAGUCUGUCAUAAGUCUGAAAACACUGCAUAGUCCCCUCAGACGUAUCUCCUAUCAGUGAAAAAAACCUUCCUUUGUGUUUGUGAUGAGUCACUGCUAGUUGACAUAUUUUCCUGUCCUGUUGUGGUUGUCUUAGCUGUAGAGCAGAGAGCACAAACUACACAGAAAUUAACCCAAAUAGGAAAUCCUUAAAUGUUCCCUUUUGGCUUUUUGCCUUUGCAAAGGAAUCAGGUGAGUCAAAAGUUCAGCUCACAGAACAUUCAUAACACAACAAUCUUCUUGAAAGUGUCUCUUUAUCUCUCAAUCAAGGGAAAUGUCCCUCAGUGACUCAACUCUUGUUAUUGCAGUAACCAAUGUAAUUCAUUAUGAAUCAGUUGAUUACAAUCCCUCAGACUUUGACUGAAACACUGGAAAAUAAGCAAAGACAUUUCCUUCUCAAAACAUCUCUGAUUUUGUCCUGCGUCAGGGCUCUGGCCAUAACCCCAGCUCUCACCUCUGUCGUUUACCCAACAGAGACUGGACAGUGACCUGUAUGAGCGAAUCCGAGAACACUUCACCCUCCUGUGCUGCACAGAGAUCGACACCUGCCAGUCCACGCAUAGUAACUUUAGCAAGAUCUGCGAGAACUCCACCAAGGUGAGGCCGUGCGUGGGAUCCACUGAAGCUCUUCUCACAGUAAAACCAUACCACAGACAGCAGCCCCACUGUAAUACCCAGAGCUGUGACAUUCCUCACCUGGGCACCACUGAUGGAGGCCAGACAGACCGCUGACUGAUGUUCUGUUCUGUGGGAGACGUGAACUAGUGUCUGUGUCCCAAAUAACACCCUAUUCCUUAUACAGUGCACUACUUUUGACCAGGGCCCAUAGGGCCCAUAGGGAAUAAUGUGCCAAUGUGGGAGUCAUGAAAAUGUUUGUUUGGUUCUCUGAUAGGUGUCUAGAGAACGGAACAUCCAGAUCUUCCUCCAGGAGUCCCCGGUCUUCACCAGAACAGCCGGCUUUCACUUCCAGGUUGCCCCUGAAGACAAGGUGUGGCUAACUGUGGUACCACUCUCCUUGGUUACCAUGUAAACACCAUUAUAUGACAAUUAAUAUCCACAAAGCUGUUUGAAUAAAACCCUGAUUGAGGUGAAAAUGUUGAUAUUUUCAUGUAGUGAACAGCAAUUUUUUGUGUGUGAGAUAAUCCCAGCUUCACCUCUCCUGUUCUUUCUAAAGGUGUGCAUUCUGAAGCAACAGAGCUCCAGUGCUGAGGGGGAGAGCUGUUUGGACAAGGAGGCCCGCAAGUGGUCCGCUAAGGCUGCCAAAGACUACAAGAUCAUCACUCACGGAGAGAGGGUGAGUAGUGGGCGAAAGCUCUGUUUACCUCUGGUUCGGGAACCUGACCUUGUGUAACCUCUGUAUGCCUUCCUCAUAGGCCCUGCAGAUGCUGGACAGGCGUUUCAAACUGCUUUCAGGAGACACAGGAGUCAAUGUGGAACAGAAGAUGGUGGAGGUGAAGGAGAGUGUGAGGAAAUCCCAGGUAUGACUACUACUAGCCCAAUGCUACAAUGACCUCACAUUAACAUUACCCUCUUAUUCCACCCUACCAGGAAAUGGAUAAUGAUAAGGCAAUCAGUCAUUAACCAGGCUUUAUCAACAGACCAGAGUUCCUCUUUGAUGUGCUGGGGUUAGCCUUCUGUAUGCUCUUAGAAAAAAGGGUUCCAAAGGUGUUCUUCGGCUGUCCCCAUAAGAUAAUCCUUUUUGGUCCCCCUCUGUGGAAAGGGUUCUACAUGGAACCCAAAAGGGUUCUUCAAACGGUUUUCCUAUGGGGACAGCCGAAGAACCCUUUUAGGUUCUAGAUAGCACCUUUUUUUGGAAGAGUGUAGAGGUGGAUGUAGUUAUUUAAUGCUAAGUGACUGGUGGGUGAUGAGACCAAGGAUGUGUGUGUUCUAAGCCAAUAGCCAAGCCUCUGCAGAUGCAGGAUGCUUUCUACUACUAGAGCCUUGGUAGAGCUAACAGCAGAGCUCUCUCCUCCACUCUGCCUGGCCCAUUGAUGAGCCAGGUGGAUGACCUCUAUCUGGAUCUGAAUGGAAUGUGUGAGUCACUGCAUACUUCCUACUUCCCACAUCACACAAGGACAAAUGCAAAUGCUGCUGGCACCAUGAGUCAGUUGGUACUGUUAAUUCAACCCACCACCUCCUCCUGCUUUACUCAGUUGGCUUGGGCUCAGAGUAAGCGUUAUGUGAUGUGAUCAAGCUUUUGUAUUGGCCUGGAAAACCAUGUUUCCUUACUUACAAGAAAUAAGUUGGGUUUAGGAAACAUAAUGCAGCCAAUAUGCUGUUAAUGUACUGCUAAUAUGAUACUAGUAUGAUGCUAAUGCCAACCCCAGAUGUCCUUGCUGACUACAACCCUUGUUUUGUUGUGCUGUUUAAUUAAUAUUAUGAGAAUUAUGGCUUAUUAAUAUGUAUUAUGUCUAAGGUAUUAUGUCUGAGGUGUUACAGUGUGUGAGGUGUUAGAGUGUGUGAGGUGUUAGAGUGUGUGAGGUGUUAGAGUGUGUGAGGUGUUACAGUGUGUGAGGUGUUAGAGUGUGUGAGGUGUUACAGUGUGUGAGGUGUUACAGUGUGUGAGGUGUUACAGUGUGUGAGGUGUUAGAGUGUGUGAGGUGUUACAGUGUGUGAGGUGUUACAGUGUGUGAGGUGUUACAGUGUGUGAGGUGUUACAGUGUGUGAGGUGUUAGAGUGUGUGAGGUGUUACAGUGUGUGAGGUGGUUACAGUGUGUGAGGUGUUACAGUGUGUGAUACAGUGUGUGAGGUGUUACAGUGUUGUGAGGGUGUUACAGUGUGUGAUGUUACAGUGUGUGAGGUGUUACAGUGUGUGAGGUGUUACAGUGUGUGAGAGUGUUGUACAGUGUUGUGUUGAGGUUGUUUACAGUGUGUGAGGUGUUACAGUGUGUGAGGUGUUAGAGUGUGUGAGGUGUUAGAGUGUGUGAGUGUUACAGUGUGUGAGUGGAGUUGUGUUAAGGUUGGUGUGAGGUGUUACAGUGUGUGAGGUGUUACAGUGUGUGAGGUGUUAGAGUGUGUGAGGUGUUACAGUGUGUGAGGUGUUACAGUGUGUGAGGUGUUACAGUGUGUGAGGUGUUAGAGUGUGUGAGGUGUUACAGUGUGUGAGGUGUUACAGUGUGUGAGGUGUUACAGUGUGUGAGGUGUUGAAGUGUGGUGAGAGUUGGUGUUACAGUGUGGUGAGUGUGUACAGUGUGUGUGUGAGGUGUUACAGUGUGUGAGGUGUUACAGUGUGUGAGGUGUGGGUUUACAGUGUGUGAGGUGUUACAGUGUGUUGAGGUGUUACAGUGUUGAGGUGUUUAGAGUGUGUGAGGUGUUACAGUGUGUGAGGUGUACAGUGUGUGAGGUGUUUAGAGUGUCUGAGGUGUUAGAGUGUGUGAGGUGUUACAGUGUGUGAGGUGUUACAGUGUGUGAGGUGUUACAGUGUGUGAGGUGUUACAGUGUGUGAUGUGUUACAGUGUGUGAGGUGUGGCUGUAAAGGGGAUGACAUUGAGGAAAAAUAAUCUGGUACAAGGUACCUGUGAGAGACAUGUGGGAGGGGUGACAGGUGGUAGUAAGGUGUGUGUGUGUGUGUGUGUCCAGGUGAGUCGGGUGAAGGCGGAGUCCAGGCUGGCACUGCUGGCGUCGGCGGGGGUGGAUGUGGAGCCAUGGUUGAGCAGUGCCAUGACCCAGGCAGACGAGGAGCUGGAAAGGGACAGGAGGUUGAGCGAGGCACGCAUGUCCAACGGAGACAUCUCAGAGGACGAGUUUGAGUUCACAGACUUCGACGACUACGAUGAUGAUGGUGACACUUUCAUCGAUUCAACUUCCUGCUCAGUGCCGUGUGGAUACCCCUUGGCUUGCAGGGUUCUCUACAGCUAUCAGGUGACAAUAUCAGGACUUUUAGAAAUGUCAACAUUACAAGAAUGAGAUUUUCCUCUCAGGUGUUAUAGUGUGGAAUUAGCUGACCUAUCUUCCUGCAGGCCUGCCAAGGAGAUGAGCUGUCAAUCACAGAGGGGGAAGAGCUUCAGGUGAUAGAGGAUGGAGACAUGGAGGAC